UUCACUUACAUCACUUGCAAAUGGCAUGGAAAGUCUUGAAUUUGAUGUAAACGAUGAAUUGAAUGAAAAUGAAGGAUCGCCACAAGCUAGUGAAAGAUCUCCGUAUACUACUUAUAAUCCUUCACGAGAAGCCUUGGUUGAACGUGAACAAAAUGGUCAUCAAGAAAUUAACGAGACAGAUAACCAGAAUGUGGUCGUGGACGACGUGGUAGCUAAUCCAAAUGCUAAUAAACCCGUCAGUCCAUGGAAACUUAUAAGAUCGUUAGAGAGGUAUCAAAUAAUGACCUUCACUGCAGCGUUCCUUGGAUGGACUUUAGAUGCCUUCGAUUUCUUCACCGUCUCAUUUGCUUUACCUUAUAUUGCUGAUGAAUUUAAAAUGAAACCAUCUGAUAUUGCUACAAGUAUUACGGUAACAUUACUACUACGUCCUAUUGGUGCAUUAAUUUUUGGUAUACUGGCUGAUAAAUAUGGCAGAAGAUAUCCGUUAAUGGCCGACAUCAUCUUAUAUAGCGUGGUGGAAUUAGCUUCCGGUUUUGCUCCAAAUUUCCAAGUUUUUGUAGCAUUAAGAGCUAUUUUUGGAAUUGCGAUGGGUGGUGAGUGGGGCUUAGGCGCAGCCUUAGCGAUGGAAGCUUUACCACCUGAAUCUCGUGGUUUAUUCUCUGGAAUUUUACAACAAGGCUAUCCAACUGGUUACAUAAUUGCUGCAAUAUUUUACUAUGCUGUAAUUAGGACUGUUGGUUGGCGUGCAAUGUUCUGGAUUGGUUCUUUUCCUGCGCUUGUUGUCGUUUUCAUGCGAUUUUUUGUUCCUGAAUCCAAAGCAUGGGAAAAAAAUCAUGAAACUCGUCGUAAGUCAGUCGACCAUAAUAUGCUCAAUGAAGUAAAAAAGGCACACAGGAUCUUUUCCCCACGUUUCUUAAAACACAACUCUCCUUUUCUCCAGGAAAUCACGAUAACAACUAUUAUAGCCAACAUUGGUUCUAUUAUAGGCGGCACAACAUGUGGAUAUUUGUCUCAAUAUGUGGGCCGUAGGAAAAUGGUUAUCACGGCGAUGAUAUUCGCUGGUGCUUUUUUACCUUUAAUAGCCAUUCCUAUUAAUAAAUCGCUUGUGACUUUUGGUGCAUUCGUUGUUUAUUUCUUUGUUCAGGGUGCCUUUGGUAUUGUACCUGCCCAUUUGAAUGAGUUAUCACCACCAGCUUAUCGUGGAACAUUUCCAGGAUUAACUUAUCAAUUGGGUACCCUGAUCGCUUCUUCUUCUGCUCAAGUUGAAGCAGUAUUAGGUGAAGCGUUUCCUAAAAAUGGUACACCCAAUUAUGGACUGACUAUAGCGGUUAUGUCAGCAUGUGCUAUGAUGAUUGUAAUUAUAUUUAUGUCCACUGGAGGAGAAAAGAAACAUGUGAAUUUCAUGGAAGAAGCUAGUUUUGAAGAAGCUAAUGUCGAAGAAGACAUAGAAGUUAAUGAAACUAAAAAUGCUCAGUAA